UGCAUUCGUCGUCGCGUUGCGCUCGCCUUCGGUUGCGCGUCCCGCGCUAUUAAUACACACGGUACGUCUUACGACGCGCAGUUGUCGUCCGAUUCGCGGGUGGACGGGGAGCAUUUGGCUAUGAACGGCGAGUAGUCUACUACGACUUGCCGAUCGCAAUCCGGAGGACGAGGAAGAAAAGGAAGAGGAGGAGGAGGAGGAGCAGCGCGUUGUCGCUGAUACACGCUGGACGACCAUCGCCGUCGCCGUCAUCAGCACCAUCAUCGUCGUCGCCGUCGUCGACGGGGACGAUCGUCGAGUUUGGACAAUGGAUCGUAUACUCCCGUUAUUCGCGCACCGGGUCAUGGAGUGUCGCGCGUGGAACGUAAUCUCCCGGAUGUAUCGACGGGCGACGACGGGACGCGACGUCGACGACAAUGUCGGGCCGCAGUCGGCGUCUCCGUCUACAUCGUCGUUCUCGUCCCGAGAAGAGGCACCCCUGUUACCCGGACGAGAUCAUACGUGCAGCAGCGAGGCGUGCCGGUAUUGCCGCGCCGUGGAGAAGACGCUGCUCUGGGAGGACUUUACCUUCUUCGUCAACGUCUACCUAAUCAUCCUGCUCAGCGUGACGAUCUGGAUUUACGGUAUGCUUGGAGUAUCAACAGCGCGGAUACCUUUCAGAAUUCUCACCGUUUAUUUUAUUAUACAGUUAAUGGUCGCCUUCAAAUUCAUGGAUAUUCUGGCUCCAUCAGAGGACCAUCAAAGGGUAUGCAGUAGACUUCACUGGCUGUGGAGAAGCCUGCGACAAUUGAGGAACGAGCAACCAGGAUUGCAUUGCGCCAUCCUUUGCCUCGUGGCGUUCGGCCUAUGGCUUUUUGGUCGUAUCAACACAUCAACCGACCAUUCGAUAUAUUGGGGAAUUGUAUUAGGCCCUUUAAUUAUGCGGUUACCCUUGAAACUGUCAGACAAACUAUCGGAAUAUUUUAAGUUGCACAGAGAAUGGGAGUGCGACAGUGAGAUCGGGGACGAGUUUCUACCGGUGGUGACAGAAGCGAAUCUUCAGGUGCUAAAUCGAGUGGGGGACACGGGUGAUCAUUCGCCUACACCGACGAGCGUAUUGUCAGAUACUCAAAAUGAUUCUUUUUACGAUGAGGACUUCAUAGAAGCUUUCCAUGAAAAGAUGUUAUCUCUGACUUAUUACGGAGAGGGAAGCACCGAUGGUGUAGAAAUGUCGGAACUGGAGCUCAGCGCUGGCGAAAAUGAUGCCGAGGGUGAAGAAGAUAUAAAGUUUCAGACCGGCCACUUCGAGAAGAGUUCGUCCUCGUCCUCCGAGGAGGAAGCCUUCGAUGCGAAGAAGAUAGAAAAGAUCGCGGUCAGUAGCGAUGAGAGCAACGGUGACAGUGACUUCGAGAUAAUUGACAAGGAGGAAAUAGUAAAGAUGGAGAUGUGAUGAAGAUUGAUCCGUAUAAAAAAAUAAAAUGCUAUUUUCGUGUGCGAUUAAAUUAAUAUAAAAAUAAAAUACCCUAAACGAGAAAAAAACCAAUCUUUAUAAUCGGUUGCAAACAAUCAAUUAAUUUAUCAAGCGACGAUAAUAAUAACUUUGCUUUUUUCGAAUCGAGAUUAUCUCGAUUAAAGAUAUGACAAAUCAAAUAAAUAAUUUUAGUUUAUGUCACAAUUGUCUCUCGAUGUAAAUUCGCGCGCGUAUAAAGAAACGAUCGAAAGUGCGAGAAUCGAGAGAAAAAGAAAUAUUAUUUAUUUAAACAAAUACAGUCGAGUCUUCUUAUUCUUCAUUCUCAUUCUGUUUUAUUUCUUUAUGACUUCUCUUGUUACGUUCUAUUUCACAUUGGUGACUAUGUUUAGAGUGAGAAAGCAGUUGAAAACAUCAUAUGUGCAAUUAGAAAAGUGACAGGCAGAAUAAGAAAGAUAGAAUAAGAAGGCAGACAGUAAGAAAUACGAGGACUUGACUGUAGAUAUGUAUGUAUGAAUGAUACUACAGAAUCAUAUUUAAUAUCUUGGAUGAUUAAAAUAGGCAUAUGUACAUUUGCAAUGUAAUAAAUAUGCACCUGUGUACAAACGUUUUAACCUGAACAGUCACGAGUUCACGCUUUUUGACUUAAUUGCGAUAAUUAAGUGAUGACGACAAUGCUGUGCAACAGUAAGAAUACGAGAGAUAAAAUGAGAAAAAUAAUCGACAGAGACUGCACUUCGAGUAGCGCGAACAAAUGUUUUAGACGUGUAAGGAUGUAUCAUAUUGUAACAUGCUGCGAGGUGUAAAAAAAAAAAGAAAAAAUGCGCAAGAAGAUACCGACGAGACGUUUGUCAAGUCUCCGACACGUUUUUGUAGCCUAUUUAUAAUUGGUGUCUGUCGUCUUGUUCUUGUCUAUACAUCUCUAACAUUUGAAAAUACACGAUACUGAAAGUA